AGAAAAACCCCUUUCCUUGUUGUUGAGCUGUCGAAGAAGCUGUACAAAGAAACGGUGUGGUUCAAUCUUCAGUUCUUCCUUUCCUCUCCUUCACGCUUUUUCUAAUUUUCCCUUUCCUUUCUCUUUUUCUAUUCAACCAAACUAUCCCUUUCUUUCUCCUCGUAAUCACCAAUUUUCUACAUUCUUUGACUGAGAAAUUUUUUGGGUUGUUCAUUUGUUUCUUUUCUUCUUGUUUGUUUCCUAAUAAAAUGCAAAAAUAACUUCAAGAAACCAUGUAUGUUUUUCUAUAUUUCUAGAUUUGAGGAUUUGAUUAAGUUUUGACCUUCUGUCACCAAACCCAUAUCGGAGUUGAAAUGAGUUCUUGAAAGUGUUUGAAGAAAGAAGCAGUUGAUUUUGGACUUCUUUUUGUUUUCUUGGUAUUUUCUUUCUGUCUUCCCCUUCGUUUUCUAGGCAGCCAAACGGAUUGCUUAGAGUAAAUAAAAGGGUGAAAGUGAGAAUGCUGGGAGCUGGGUUGCAAUUCGGGAAAGUUAGAGGAGAGGAUCGGUUUUAUAUUCCAGUAAAAGCUAGAAGAAAUCAAAACCAGAAGCAACAGCAAAAGCCAAAACAAGAAGCUGUUAAGGAAGAUAAUGAAAAAAGUAAUAGUAAAUCGUCAGCUUCAUUAACAAAGAGCAAGGAUUUAGCUUCUGGUAAUAACAAUAAUAAGAAUAUUAAUCCCAAGAAGACUCUGGCUUCAAGCACUAUUCCGAGCUCUGAGGAAUCGAGGGUCUCAAGGAGUAAUCUUGAAAGAUUCCUGGAGUCGACGACACCUUCUGUCCCAGCUCAGUAUUUUUCCAAGACAACAGUGAGGGGAUGGAGGACUUGUGAUGUGGAGUUUCAGCCUUACUUUGUAUUGGGUGAUUUGUGGGAAUCUUUCAAGGAAUGGAGUGCAUAUGGUGCAGGAGUGCCUCUUGUGCUUGAUGGGAAUGAUGGUGUAGUUCAAUACUAUGUUCCAUACUUAUCAGGGAUCCAAUUAUAUGGUGAAUCUGCUAAGCAAAGGCUAGCUGGAGAAGAGAGUGAGAAUGACUACUACAGAGAUUCGAGUAGUGACGGAAGUAGUGAUUAUGAGAUAGGGAAAGGCAUUAAAUUUUCUAGAGAACAGUUUAGUCGAUUCAGUUUGACAAAUGAGAUCCCUUUUCGAGUGCGCAGCUUGUCUAUAAGUGAUGAAAACAGUAUGCUGCAAGAAGGCUUUUCCAGCGAUGAUUGUGAAACCAGGAACUCUCGAGAUCACCUACUGUUUGAGUUUUUUGAGCACAAGACACCUUAUAGUCGUGAAUCCUUAGCAGACAAGAUAUUUGACCUAUCUUGCAAGUAUCCUGGCCUGAAUACAUUAAGAAGUUGCGACUUACUACCCAUCAGUUGGAUGUCGGUUGCAUGGUAUCCCAUAUACCGAAUACCUACAGGUUCUACAUUAAAAGAUUUGGAUGCAUGCUUUUUAACUUACCAUUCCCUUUGCACACCCAUGGAAGGUAAUGGAAAUGGCCAAACACCAUUUUUAGUAUAUCCUGACGAUGCUAAUGGCAUCCCAAAGAUUUCGUUACCUGUUUUUGGAAUGGGGUGUUAUAAGUUGAAAGGAUCCAUAUGGACACAAAAUGGUGUGAGCGAGUGUCAACAUGCAAAUUCCCUUAUGCAAGCCACGGAAAACUGGCUAAAACUGCUUCAGGUAUACCACCCAGAUUUUCAGUUUUUUGCCUCACAUGGGAUGUACCUCGGGUGAAACAAAUAGAUAAACCAGUGUGUGAUUUUCUUCCUUUUCCGUGUCCGAAACUUGCACCUCCAAUGCAGUCAAACUGAGAUUAAAUGCUUUAAAUUUUUGGUACGGUGAUGGCAUCCCAUUCGAGAGAAGCUUUUUUACUGGAUCGGAUUUCCUUUACUUGCAAAGAAAGAAAUUGAAACAGUUAAGAGACCUAUAGACAUUGUUAAGUGGAGAGCAUAAAAAAGAAGAGAGUUGAAACUUUAUGGCAUAGAUAAAGCCUAAAGACUGAACUGUGCAACCCCAUAUGAAAGCAAGGGAUAUGAAAUAUGAUAUGGUGGCAGUUGAAUUUAGCCAUUUUCAAAGCUUUCUUAUUUUACACUAUUUACAUUUGGAUGACACCAGGCAGUAGGGAUAUAUUUAUAGGUUCCUUUGAAUUAUGAUGUGGUUGAUGUACGCCAUGGCUAAACUUGGGCUACACCCCUUGAUAUGAUAAUAUAAGAAUUGUUUUGGAUGGUA